AUGGCUUCUCUCCGUCGUUCUCGACGGCGUCCCUUUUCCCUACAGGCUUUGUUGUGUGUGAUCUUCUGGGCUAUCCUGGAUGGCUUCCAUCAAUAUGUCUCUCAUCAUCGAAUCUCAACAGCCGCCACCGUCAGACCUCGGCCACUCCAAUCCGAGCGAAUUUUCAUCACGAGUAUACAUUGGAACAACGAAGCCAUCCUCCGAAGCCACUGGAAUGACGCUGUCAUUAGACUGGUCCAGCACUGGGGCCCCAAUAAUGUAUUCGUCAGCGUCUAUGAGAGCGGAAGCUGGGACGACUCGAAAGGCGCGCUCCGCGAGCUGGAUUUUGAGCUUGAUAGGCUUGGGGUUCGACGGAAUAUCACCCUAUCUACCACAACGCACCGAGAUGAGAUUACAGCGGUUCCUUCAAGCGAAGGCUGGAUUGACACACCCCGUGGCAAGACAGAGCUCAGGCGUAUACCCUACCUGGCGCGCCUGCGCAACUUGACGCUGCGGCCCCUGGAGGAUCUUAGACGUCAGGGCAUCUUGUUUGACAAGGUUCUCUUCCUAGGGGACGUGGUCUUUACUGUGGACGAUGUGAUUGAUUUACUCAAUACGAAUGAUGGGGAGUAUGCGGCUGCAUGCUCGCUGGAUUUUAUGAGACCGCCGGCUUUCUACGAUACCUUUGCCUUGCGGGAUUCCGAAGGUGACGCGCAUCUCAUGCAAACAUGGCCCUAUUUCCGCUCCGCAAGGUCUCGGAAUGCGCUGCGUAGCAUGUCCCCUGUCCCCGUGAAGAGCUGCUGGAAUGGCAUUGUGGCCAUGCCCGCCGAGCCCUUUCUAUCGUCCUCACCCCUCCGAUUCCGUGGAAUCCCCGACUCCCUGGCGCAAUUCCACCUCGAAGCUUCCGAAUGCUGCUUGAUUCAUGCGGAUAAUCCUCUUUCUCGUAUACAUGGCGUUUACUUAAACCCUCGUGUCCGUGUUGGGUACACUGGCGCUGCAUACGCAGCCGUUCAUCCUUCCUGGCUAUCUCCACAAUUUAUGGUGUUGGGCAUUUGGAAGAAUAGACUCCGGCGUUGGGUUAGCACUACAUUUUUCCAAGAUUUCGUGGUUAAUCGAAGAGUCGCACUUUGGAAAGGGCGUUCUCAAAACCGCCAUGAAGUGGGCGAGUUCUGUUUGAUCAACGAGAUGCAAGUCCUUAUUUCCAAUGGCUGGGCACAUGUAUAG